AUACGAGAAGCAGAGCUUGCGAUGGCUCAAUUGGGAAAUAGGCCUAACGCGCCUUCAACAUCAGCAUCCACCCCGAACGAUAACCAGUUUCACUCUCUUGGCCAUAGUCCCAAUUACAAUCAUGCACCAACCCCGAGUUCGAGUGCGAGUGGUACUGGGAGCGUGCAUGAUGGAGGUGGUGGUGGUGUUGGUGGUCUCAGCGGCGGCGAUGGCGACAGCGGCGUUGGGACAAGUGGGAAUGCAAGGCCACGGUCAGCGGGGGGCAGAGGCUUGAUGGGCGAAGUGAGCAUCGACGAUGUCCUCGACGAGGCACACUGGGCCCAGUUCUCCUCGUCAUGGAUAGGCGCCGAGCAGUCUACUUUCCUCGGUGCCGGUGGCGGCGGGAUGCAAAGUUUCGGUGGCUUCGCACCCGGUUUGGCGAUGUUUGACCCGGUCAUACCAGUCCUGCCAGAGCCUGGAAAACUAGCGAAGUCGAUACUCGAGCAAUCACUUUCCGCUCCCCCAUUUCCCCAAGACUCGCCUAUCGAUGAUGCUGAGGACCAGGACGACUCCCCCUCAGGCCAAGCCGCGUAUACUCCCGAUGAUCCCAGCUCGAGUAGUGCCACGAAGUCAAAGAAGACAGGCAAGAUCAUCGAGACGAAGAACGUCCAUUGCACCAAAUGCAACCAGCUUAUUGCCAGACUUGUCCUCCGAGGCACGCGCGAAGAAUUGGACCUCCCUUGCGACCUUUUGUACCAAUGUCUCAAGUGCGCGCCCCAGACCUCUGUCCCGCCUUCUGCAUCUGGGACGAGGUCGGGAUCGAGGAAGAGGGCAAACGAAUUGGACGAUACAGAGAAGUUUGUGACUUGCGAUGUGUGUACGCAUGUGAGGGGGCACGGAGGCUUGAGGGCAAAAUCGAGAGAGCAUAUCGAGUUCACGGCUGAGUUCAUCUGUCUGUCGUGCUCGGAGAAGUAUCGUCGGUGUACGAACUGCGGUGGAACAUCUGCUCGAGGUAUUGUCGGCAAAUGGAGGUGCAAGGAAUUAUUUGCUGGGGGAAGGAAGACUUGCAGCCUCUCGCAUGCGAGGUUGGGAGCGUUGGAUAUGGAGCUGGCGGUCUGGGUGAUUCCCCAAGAACUGCAAGGCGCCCCUGAACUUCCUGCGCUCCUCGAAUGCUGCGAAGAGACAUGGAGAGAGCAUAUACUGGGCAAACUUGCAGUGCCAGAGGUCCUCGAACAUCAAUCCGAAAUGCGUAGUUACUCAGAUAUCGAGAAAUUUCUCCUGGUCUAUGAAUUUCCCGGGAAAACGCUUUUCACUACCCCCACAAAAUCACCAAAUCACCGCCGCUAUGUCUCCCUCCACUGGGCCAAAACUCGAACACGAAGAAACAAAAACAAACCUGAGUGGGCUUUGGUCAGUCACGAGGAAAAGAUGGCAACGCAAUCCAGCAGCGAUGGGUGGUUGACAUAUAACACGAAGAGGUCGAACGUUAUCCGACCUGCGGGUGCGAUACUGUGUGGGAUGUGGAUGGUAGAGUGGAUCGUUCCUGACAAGACUGCGGUCGUUUCGACAAUCUCUCCUUUUGACGCAGUAACCACGGACGAACGUGCUCCUGUCCACUUGUCUGAGAUUUUCCGCCGAGCAUUGCAGGAAUUAGUGAAACAUAACGCCGAGCAUCCGAACGACUUAUGGGCGCCACCUGAACAUAUCUGGAUGCUCCUCAGCAAAACGGGCGUUACCAACCGUCUACGUGUAACAGAUGGUCUCGAACGACGCUCUAUCCUUCCUCUCGAUGAGUACCUCACCCGCCAUAUCGAAGCUCGCCCCGAGCAGUUCGACCCACAUAUAUGUGGACUAUCAGAGCAUUUGAUCCAGCGACGGCCACAUAUGAAGUUCGAGGUUCAAGUCAGGCAUAUUGGACUAGGAACGACGCCAGAGAUGGUUGAGAAGAGGGCAGCUGGAAGACUGAGGAGGUCAGUCAAGAAGGGGCGGUAGGUGUUGGUAGAUUGAGAUUAUGCUUGGGUCGAGGUGUUGGGAGCUCACUUCUGCGCGAGCCUCCCUGGUUGGCGGCGCCUCGGUACUCUGGAGCGUUUCGAUGGCUUUUCGAAUGUCCGAAAUCGAAGUUAUCAUGCAUUGGCGGAGGUAAAGAAGUACGGGACACAUUGAUUCAUCUGUAUGGUAGCAUUCAUAUCAGCUCUCUUUCUCUUCUCUUUUCUCUGGUUCAACAUGGA